AUGGAAGGUUGUACAACUCAGUCCUUGACAUUGGAAUAUAUUAAACCAACAGAGACAACCUGUUAUACGUUACCAGAUUGUUGUACAACUCAGUCCUUGACAUUGGAAUAUAUCAAACCAACAGAGACAACCUGUUAUACGUUACCAGAUUGUACAGGGUUCCAGUGUUGUGUAGAUGCCUCUGUCAUUGGAAGGUCAUUCUUGUACAAAAUAUCUGUUGAUGCUUGUAAAUACAAAUUGACUGUCGCCAUUGAAGGUCUAGAAUAUGAACAGAAUCUCCUGACUUACAAGUUUGGUACACAAGAUAAGUUCUACAUAAAUGGUGUUUUCAAAAUGGACUACCAGAUAGAGGAAUUACCAAUAGAUGGCUCCUACUUGUUGACAGUUACUCUGAGUGUAUGUUUAGAGGCCAAUGCUGAUUGCACUGUACAGAGAGUAGUGGCUAGUAGUCUUAAAAUAGACAAACCUACAUGUACAUCUACUGGACAGUUUGCCAUUCCAGGAUUUUCAGUGACAGAUUGGAAGGCUAGUAAAGGAUUGGGUACAUUUGAUGAACUACCAGUGUAUGCUGCUUCUCUCCUCAUGAGUGAUAUGAAGAUAGCCAAGUAUAUGAAGGAUCCACAAUGUACCAUUGCAGCACCAGGCUGGCAAUCUGAAGGUUGUCCAUUGAAUGUCGACAAGCCAAUGCUUCAUGACAAUGUAACCUGCCAAGUUACCAGUAGUUGUACUGGUGUGAAGUGUUGUGUGUACACAGAGGAACUGAACCGUAACAUUGAUGUGCACCUUCUACUGAACCCAUGUGACCAAAGUUUGUCUCUAACCAUUGAUUAUCUCGAGUACAACAGAAGUUUGUUUGACUUCGACUAUGGAAGUUUACAGAAGUUCUACAUGGAAAAUGUUGUACGAAUAGAUUACAUGAUUUAUGAUCUGACCAAUGAAUUCCAGUACCUUGUUGACAUGAAUAUCAGUGUUUGCUAUGAGUCGUCAGCACCAUGUGAAUUAGAAUCAAUGGUGUUCCAUAGUUCUGUUUUGUAUAAAAAGCCGUGUCAAUGGAAAACAGGCUUCAGAGAUCCAAAUUUCUCUGAGUCUGGUUGGAGAAAUGAGAUGAACAUUACAUCUGAUGCCCAGCUGUUCCCUGUAGACAUAGCCAGACUGACAGAGGCUUUAUUUGUUGGACCUUACCUGGCAGAUACACCUUGUCAGGGAUACAAUUCACCAUACACAGGAGCUAUUAAUGGAUGGAAAGAUGAAUGCUCAGCCUCUAACUUAGAGAACUUACCAUCCAGUACACUGAAGUGUUACAUACCUGCCACUUGUAGUUUUAUCAGAUGUUGCCAUGAAGUUGGCCUGCUGGGUACACCCAUGGAAACAGAGCUAGAAAUUGACUCUUGUAACUUUGAACUGUCAGUCAGGAUUGAAAAACUGAAGUUUAAAGUUCCCUUCCAUGACUAUCAAUGGGGAGUAAUACAAAGUAUGGAUCUGUUUGGUUUGUUAACCAUGGAUUUCAUCAUAGAGAAUCUAUAUGAGUCCAGACAGUUCUUGGUUUCUAUGAAUCUUACAUUAUCAUAUGAAUCUGCUGGACCGGUUGAAGCAGCUAACAUACUAAUGGACAAAACCCUUAUAUCAAAGAAGCAAUGUGAUUGGAGCUCAGACUUCCAUAUUUCUAGUUUUUCAUUGAACGCAUACUUGUUAAACAGAAACCACAGACCUACUGACCCCUUGACACCAAACUUGUUACUACAGUUUAUGGAAGAUACCAACCUGGCACCAUUUAUGCAGGAUGAAAUGUGUAACAGAACUGGUGCCCUGUAUAACAAUGAAUCAUGGACACAAGAUUGUGCUGCUAACCUAUCAUUGCCAACUUUAUCAGACAAAGUCAAUGGCCACAUAACUACUAUGUGUACAGGUGUGCAGGCUUGUAUAGAGAAUGAUUUGAUUCAGAGAACAAUUGAAUUCUCCCUUCUACUGGAUCCCUGUUCAAACAGACUCAGUAUCAGUAUAGAGAGAGCUAGAUACAACAGAACACUGAGUGAUUUUGAAUAUGGAGAGUAUCAUUUCUACAAUUUACAAGGAAUUGUCCGUCUCAAAUAUAAUGUAGAGGAUCUACAUACAGAAGGUUAUUAUCUGUUAAAUGUGGUUGUCUAUUUUUCCUAUGAGACAUCUAGUUCCUAUACAACUGAGAACACCUUUACAAUCUUUGAGAACACCAAGUUACCUAAAAGAGUAUGUAGCUGGGAUCAGGGAUUCAAAACCUCAGGUUUCUCCAAGACCCAGUGGUAUGCUGACAAUGGAAUAGCAGACGGACAAGUUCUGCCUGACUGGGCAGCAUCAUCAUUCCUCAAUGACCUUCACAUUGCUGCUUAUUUACAGACUGACCAAUGUGGUCAAGGUGAUCUUCAAUAUACAGAUGGAUGGAAUCUUGGUUGUACAAAGACUGUCAUUUUACCCAACAUCACCGACUCCACAAAAUGUCACCUGACAUCAGCUUGUACUGCAGUAGAAUGUUGUACUGAAAUCGACUUCCUCUCAAGGUCAUUCAGGACGUACCUACAUAUUGACCCCUGUACACAAAUAUUGUAUCUUGGAAUUGAACAUUUCAAUAGAAAUGUUUCUUUGAUUGGUUACAUGGAUGGAACCAAGAAACAGUUUUCACUUGUAGGAUCAGUUAUGAUUGACUACAUAAUAGAAGAUAUACCAGGAGAGAGUAUGUACUUGGUCAGUAUGAAUAUAUCGUACUGUUAUGAGGAUGGACAGCCGUGUUAUAUGGUCACUACAGUGUUUGACAAUACCAGAUUACCUAAAGAUCUGUGUGAAUGGAAAACUGACUUCCAUAUUCCAAAUUUCUCAUUUGAAACUUGGCAAGGAGAUCAAGGAUUGACCAUAGGUGACCCGUUACCGAUGUGGGCAGAAUUUUUAUUGUAUGAACAAACUGGUCUAUCUCCUUAUUUACAAGACAGUCUGUUUCAAUGCAGUAGAACUAGUGCUAAAUUUAGCUCUUCUAUUGCUAGUGGAUGGAGUAAUGAAUGUAGCCUUAAUACCACCAUACCAGAUCUACCUAGCAGUUACACGGAUAUAACAUGUCAUGUGACAUCAAGGUGUACAGAAAUCGAGUGCUGUGUUGACUCUGUCAAGCUUCAAAGACCUUUCCAUGUGGUUGUCAAAUUAGAUCCAUGCAAGUUUGUCAUCAAUGUAGGAAUUGAAAACUUUCAUUUCAUAUUGGCCAUGGCAGACUACACAUUUGGCGAACAGAGGAACUUCUCCUUAGGAGGAAUAAUCAAAGCUCAGUUUACUGUAUUAGAUAUUGAGUCAGAAAAUGCCUACUUAGUAGUUAUGACCAUUGCUGUAUGUACAGAGAGUGCCCAGGCUUGUGAACAAGAUUAUGUGAUUGCAGAAAAUGUCCUUCUACCCAAAAAACAAUGCACAUGGGACGCAGGAUUUUUUCACACAAACGUCUCUUUAACACAGUUUAAAGCCGAUAAUCAAAUCUCAGGAAACUUGGAAAGCUAUGAUGCCUCUCGGUUUUUGAAGGAAGCUUCGAUAUCUUAUUACCUAUUAGCUACACCAUGUGACAGAAGCAGUGACACAUAUUCGUCUGCAGUAAAUGGAUGGACUUCAGGUUGUACUGUUCUUCCUACAAGUAGCUUGCCAGCCCUUGCCAAUACAGUUUCGUGUAGUUUUGAUAUCUCCUGUGAAAAAGUUACAUGUUGUUAUGAGGAAACAUUAGUAGGUAGAAGUAUUGAGGCUAGUGUUCAGAUAGAUGCAUGUAAAGGAGAGCUGAUUGUCACGCUUGAAAGAAUGACACGAACUAUAUCAUUGACCGGCUACCUUUGGGGAAGAGAAGAAUUGUAUAAGUUGAAUGGAGUCUUUGGCCUUAGGUUUACAGUGAACAAUCUUGUGACAAGUAAUAAGUACUUAGUGAACAUGGACCUGAUGGCGUGUUAUGAGGCUAGCGGUGCCUGUACCUUAAAAGAAACCAUCUUUGCUGACUUUGAACUAGCAAAACAAGUUUGUGAUAGGUCAACAGGAUUUAUUAAUUCUCAGUUUUCCUAUAGUUCCUGGCUAUCAUCAGUUGGUCUACCAGCCAAUACUUCACCUUUACCAGAAUGGGCCAGAUUACAGCUGAUCAAUGACCUUGGUGUAGAUAAUUACUUCAGUCUCGAGGACAAGUGUUACAAUGCAAUGCCUCCAUUUAUAAAAUCUUCAGCAACAGAUGGUUUCAAUAAUGAAUGUGGCUCAACAAUUGCACAUAACACAUUUACACCAGCUGAUACCAUUGUGUGUAGUAUCCCAACAGACUGUAAUGGGGUACGAUGCUGUGUUGAUGUGCCUCAGCUAGCCACAUCACUGGAAUAUAAAUUGAUUGUGGACUCAUGUGGCAACAGACUACGUCUUAAAGUGGACAAGCUAGAAACUGACAUAUCAUUACAUGAUUAUGAUUUUGAAUCUACUGGCAAAUUCUCCUUAUAUGGCAUGGCUGAAAUAGAUUACCUAAUAACCAAUCUGUUGCUAAGUAACCAGUAUGAAAUAACAAUGUCAAUAAAGUUCUGCCUGAAUGGAGACACCUCAUUGGGGUGUGACCAGGAAUACACCAUCUUUAAUCAGACAACCAUUGAUAAAACAAGCUGUGAUUACAAUACAGGCUUUAAAGAUUCAGGAUUCUCCUUAUCCACAUGGUUAGCAGACAGAGGUAUAGGAUCAACAAAUAUGUCUACAGUGGAUGCUGAUGAUUUAUUACAGUUACUACAAAUAGAUGAUUUUAUGGAGUAUUCCAACAUCUGUAACUUUACUGGUUCACCCUAUGUUGGUGCUGUAGAUGGAUGGAAUAAUGAAUGUGACAAUGUAACAGCAGGGGACUUGACUGCUCUAACUUCAUUAGAACUACUAUGUCAUAUUGCAACUGAUUGUAUAUCAGUUUCCUGUUGUGCCAAGUCUGAAGUUCUGAAAAGAGACUUUUAUGUUGCUGUGACUAUGGACACUUGUAGCUACACACUUACGAUACAGUUGGAAAAUCUUAUCAUUGAAAAAGAUUUAUUAAGCUAUGCAUGGGGAACAAUGGAAUACAUAAAUCUCUAUGGAGUUUUGAGAGUUGUGUUUGAUGUUAACCAUGUGGCAUCAAUGAAACACUUUAAUGUUGAUUUAACUAUAAAAUUAUGUUAUGAUUCUGCAUCAGGGUCAUGUUUACAAGAGCAUACCAUAUUUACCAAUAACAGACUUUACUAUCUUGAGUGUACACAGCCUACUGUACCUUUCUAUGGAAUUUCAUUUGAUUUCUGGAAACCAGCACCUUGUACUCUGUUUUCAGGAGGAUUGAAUCAUACUAACGGCUGUACUGGAGUAAACUUUACCGACUAUGCUCAGACGAGAUGUCAGAUGGCUGCUGACUGUUUCAGUGUCAAAUGUUGUUUAGAUUUGGACUUCAUGGCUGGUACACGUAACACGGAGCUGACAUUUGCUUUGGAUUCAUGUGCUAAACAAAUUGACUACACUCUAGAGAGACACACAUGGACAAGGACUGGACUGACUUCAAUUAAUGGAAACAAUCUGGUUGAAUCAUUGAAUAGCUCAUUCAAGUUUAACUUUACCCUGGACACGACAACCUCAGCUUUAGCUUACAAGACUACCAUAGGAUUGACUGCAUGCUACAUUUCUCCUGGAACAUGUGAAGAUUAUCAGUUACUGACAGCAUCUGACCUGAAGAAAAAGACAUGUCCUCCAGGACGUAAGAGGCGUAAACGUGCAACAACAACAGAGGUUGAUGUGACCGACAUGAAAACAGGCCUACAAAUAUUGACAGAUAGAAAUGCCACUGAAGAAGAAAAGAACAUUUAUAUUGCUGCCUGUAUUGAGUACAGUAAAAAUAGUAAGGAUUAUUCCAUAACUUAUGUCGGUGAUGGUGAUGAAAAAUCUGGUGGAAAGUCUGCUCUGAAAGCUCUUGGUAGUGGAAAUCCUACAACUGUUGGUGUGAGUGGAGAAGUAUUCAGUGGAACCUUUACAGUACAGGGAGGUAAAUAUUAA